AUGAUCGUCAUGAUGAUCAUUAAUGAGGAUGAGGGAAAAGUCCCACGCAUUGACCAGACUAAACCGGGUUUUCCAUCGCUUACGUGCUUUGCACUACUUGAACCAGGUCGUAACGACCGACCCGGUCAUAAAACCUUGUCCGUGUGGAGUACCAGUACGGCCGGAAUCGAUACAGUUCUCGCGACCACACUAGGCACCACGGUAACGCCAAAAACGUACAGUACCGGCCAACUGCAUCAGUCGGGCCUAAGUCAUCAGCCAAACGGAAACGGAGUUGUCCACCAUCACCCGAACGUUGGCAACGGAUCGACGGGGCUAAAUUACGCGCACAAUCACCCCAACAGCAGCGGGAACAGUCAUAGCGGAAGUAUCGGAAACAACAGCACCCACAGCCUCACACCACACGGAGGCCACGGUGGCCACGGCGCUUCCAACUGGAACAACCGAACCAGUAUUUGCAGUACGCAUAAUAAGCGACGAUCCAACCUGAGCACAAUGUCACAGACGGGCGAUGAUCUACACACUCCCAACUACCUGUCCUGGCGAAAGCUGCAGCUGAGCCGAGCGAAACUAAAAGCUUCCAGCAAGACGUCCGCCUUGCUAUCUGGAUUCGCAAUGGUUGCUAUGGUAGAAGUGCAGCUGGACGAAAAUACCGAAGUUCCAUCGGCAAUGCUGAUAGCGUUCGCAGUAUGCACGACUCUGCUCGUAGCGGUUCACAUGCUUGCGCUCAUGAUAAGCACCUGCAUCCUGCCAAACAUAGAAACCGUCUGCAAUUUGCACAGCAUAUCGCUCGUACACGAAUCUCCCCAUGAACGCUUGCACUGGUACAUCGAGACGGCGUGGGCUUUCUCUACACUGCUAGGACUUAUACUGUUUCUGCUAGAAAUUGCUAUCCUGUGUUGGGUGAAGUUUUACGAUCUCAACACGACAGCCGCCUGGUCGGCAUGCAUAGUCCUGAUACCAGUACUGGUGAUCUUCGUUGCGUUCGCGCUACACUUCUACCGCUCACUGAUGAUGCACAAGUACGAGGUGACCGUGUCCGGCAUUCGAGAGCUGGAGAUCCUGAAAGAGCAGAUGGAGCAGGAUCACUUCGAUCAGCAGCAUCAUCACCACGGUAUGCUGCAUCCACCCGGCAUGCAGAUCGUGUGAUCGUUCACCUAUUUCCAUCUCUACUUCUCGUACGAUGAUGUGUACCUCUUACAAAUUAUGCCAACUGUGAUUUCUUGUUUGAACGUAAUCCUUAAUUGUGCGUCUCGAUCGUGUGUAGAGAGGCAUCUUCCAUAAAAUGCAUCGUUUGUUGUGUACGAAUUUCGUCCCAACUUGAUGUGCGCUACUUUUUUUUAUGUAAAUGAGACAAGUUGACUAGGUUGCGUUAAAGCCGAUGAUUUCUUCACUUCAAUAUCUCUUCUCUCUUCUAUCCUUAUUAUAGCACAUAAAAGACAUUCAGCAGAGAAAGAAAUAUUGUUUCUUACUCAUUACGAUAGGCGUGUAAAACUUACUGAAUUUGAGCCGAUCAAACGACGAAUCUGUGAAUUGUAGCAAUAUUGUCUGCAAAUAAAUCACAAAUUUGGAGAAGCUGUGUAACUCUUGCAUCGCGUGCAUAUUAAAGUUAUGACUUAAAUUAUUGAAAUACUGCAGCGGCAACAUAAAGAUCGGUAUCGGUUAAAUAAUCAUUCCCCUACAUGAAACCGAACGAAUGAAACACGGCAGAGUAGAUUUUACCAUCCCAUUCGACUAGCUAAAGAACAUCAUGUUGAUAAGAAUAAAAAAACUAUGAAUGGAAAAGUAUAUUGUGUUGGUCUGAAUAAAUUAACAAUUAUUAGGCGGCUAU